CCAUUUUGUAAGGAUUUCCCAGCUGGAUACACAGAUAGCGUUUCUGCAGAGUUGCUUGACACAUCAUCCUUGCCCGGCGAGAGCGCUACUCCGGUGCAGAGAGCGGCAGUAGCGCAGCGGGCCGGCCAGCCUGAGAGAGAGCCCUUCCAGUCCGCUGCUCAGUCCGGCAGGCGAGCGACGCACAGCCCGCAACCAUGGCUCUGAAGAUUGUUAAAGGGAGCAUCGAUCGGAUGUUUGAUAAAAAUCUUCAGGACCUCGUACGCGGCAUUAGGAAUCAUAAGGAAGAUGAGGCAAAGUACAUUUCCAUGUGUAUUGAUGAGAUUAAGCAGGAGCUAAAACAGGAAAACAUUGCGGUCAAGGCCAAUGCAGUCUGCAAGCUCACCUACCUACAGAUGUUGGGCUACGAUGUCAGCUGGGCCGCGUUCAACAUUGUGGAAGUUAUGAGCUCCUCAAAGUUUACAUACAAGAGGAUUGGUUACUUGGCUGCCUCUCAGUGUUUCCACGAUGGCACUGAUGUCAUCAUGCUGACCACCAAUCAGAUCCGCAAGGACCUCAGCAGUCCAAGCCAGUAUGAUACAGGUGUGGCACUGACUGGCCUGUCCUGCUUUGUGACCCCUGAUCUCGCCCGCGAUCUGGCCAAUGACAUUGUGACACUGAUGUCCCACACUAAGCCCUACAUCCGGAAAAAGGCUGUGCUGAUCAUGUACAAAGUGUUCCUGAAGUACCCAGAAUCCCUGCGCCCUGCUUUUCCCCGACUCAAGGAGAAACUGGAAGACCCCGAUCCUGGGGUACAGUCAGCAGCAGUGAAUGUCAUCUGUGAGUUGGCGAGGAGGAACCCUAAAAAUUACCUGUCUCUCGCACCCCUCUUCUUCAAACUCAUGACCACCUCCACUAACAACUGGGUUCUCAUCAAGAUCAUUAAACUGUUUGGUGCCCUGACCCCGCUGGAGCCUCGCUUGGGGAAGAAGCUGAUUGAGCCUUUGACAAACCUCAUCCACAGCACCUCUGCCAUGUCUUUGCUGUAUGAAUGUGUGAACACCGUCAUUGCAGUGCUGAUCUCUCUGUCCUCUGGGAUGCCCAAUCACAGUGCCAGUAUCCAGCUCUGCGUUCAGAAACUGCGGAUCCUGAUUGAAGAUUCAGACCAAAACCUGAAGUACCUGGGUCUAUUGGCCAUGUCAAAGAUCCUGAAGACGCACCCAAAGUCUGUUCAGUCCCACAAAGAUCUCAUACUGCAGUGCCUGGAGGAUAAAGAUGAAUCCAUCCGCCUGCGUGCCCUGGACCUGCUCUAUGGCAUGGUGUCCAAGAAGAACCUGAUGGAGAUCGUAAAGAAGCUGAUGGUUCACGUAGACAAAGCCGAGGGAACCACAUACCGUGACGAGCUGCUCACCAAGAUCAUUGACAUCUGCAGCCAGAGCAACUACCAGUACAUCACCAACUUUGAGUGGUACAUCAGUGUCCUGGUGGAGCUGACCCGGCUGGAGGGCACGCGACAUGGCCACCUCAUCGCAUCCCAGAUGCUGGACGUGGCCAUCCGCGUGAGGGCCAUUCGCGGCUUCGCCGUGGUGCAGAUGGCCACGCUGCUGGACAGCGGCCACCUGCUGACCGGCAACAUGCAGCGCAACGGCAUCUGCGAGGUGCUGUACGCGGCGGCGUGGAUCUGCGGGGAGUUCUCCGAACACCUGGAGGAUCCCGCGCAGACGCUGGAGGCCAUGCUGAAGCCCAAGGUGGCCACACUACCUGGCCACAUUCAGGCCGUCUACGUGCAGAACGCCGCCAAGCUGUUCGCUGCUGUGCUGCGUGGCCAGGGGGGGGCGUCAGACAGCCAGACGGCUCAGGAGACCAGCCAGCUGCUCAUUGACAAGCUGCCGCUCUUUGUCCAGAGCGCUGAUCUCGAGGUGCAGGAGAGGGCAUCCUGUGUCCUGCAGCUGGUGAAGUACAUCCAGAAGCUGCAGCUGAAAGAGGUGGGGGUGGGGCCAGAGGUGACAGCCCUUUUCACUGGGGAGCUCAACCCUGUCGCUCCCAAGGCCCAAAAGAAAGUACCCAUUCCAGACGGUCUGGACCUAGAUGCCUGGAUUAACGAGCCGCCAUCUGAGAGCGAGUCUGACGAUGAGAAGCCCAGGGGUGUGUUCACGGAGGAGGAACCACGACACACACGGAUGCAGCACGUCGAAGUAGACGAGAAGGAGAUGGCCAAGAGGAGAGAGGCCAGGAAGCAAGAACAGGCCAGCAAUCCCUUCUACAUCAAGGCCUCACCGACCUCCCAGAAGGGGUAUCAGGAUACUACAGGUGUUGAUCACAUCCCAGUGGUUGAGAUAGAUCUUAGUGUGCCUCUCAAAGCCCCAGGGAUGUCCACAUCGGACAAGUACGUGAAGAUGGAGGAGGAGCGGCGAAAGAAGAACAAGGUGGAGAAGAAGAAGAGGGAGAAGAAGAAGAGGGAGAAGCGAGGCCGUGGGCGGCGGCCUGAUUCGGGGCCCGAGAGUGAGGAGGACAUUAGCCCCGCCCACGUCGUAGACAUCGUCACCGAGGAGAUGCCUGAGAAUGCCUUACCCAGUGAUGACGAUGAAAAGGACCCCAGCGACCCUUACAGAGCCCUGGAUAUUGAUCUGGACAGGCCCCUGGCAGACAGAGAGAAACUGCCAAUCAGGACGCACCGACCCCCUGACACCCUCAAAAGCCCGGGGGGUGAGGAAGAAAGCAAGGGUGUCCCAGAGGAAUCCAAGAAAAAAAGCAAGAAGGAAAAGCAGAAGAAGGAGAAGGAGAAAGAGAAGAGAAAGGAUGAGGAGAGGCUGAAAAGCAAAGAGGACAAGAAAAAGAAGAAGCACAAAAAGGAGGGAAAGGAGGAGCCAGAGGAGGAACGACCAGAGGAGCCUGUCAAAUCGGCGGAGCUCAUUGAGGCGGCAGCCCCGCCUACGACCACACCUGCUGAGGCCUCAGAUUUGGAUUUCUGGCUCUCCAACGCUCCGGUACCCCCUCAGAAACAGGAGGCGGAGUCAGCAGUGGCAGCCCCAGAGCCCAUUCCUGAACCUGACCAGGCAUCUGAGCCUGAGGAAUCCCAAAACACGAAACAGGAGGAGAGCAAAUCCUCCAAACACAAGAAAAAGAAACAGAAGAAGGAGAAGGAGGAGAAGAAAAAGAAGAAGCAUCACCAUCAUGACCGUGGGGACGAGUCUCUGGUGGACCAGGGUGGAGCUGGGUCAGUGCAGAAUGGCACCGUGGAGGAGGAGGAGCCACUGCCGCCCAUGUCCAACUACCGCCUGCUGGCCGAGAACUCCUACGUCAAGAUGAUGUGUGAUAUCCAGGGUAACCUGCAGGAUGGCAGUCGGGUGGUGGUCUCUGUCGUCUUUGAAAACAAGAGCAGCAGCGUCCUCAAGUCCAUGGAGUUCAACGUGCUGGACUCCCUCAACGCCAAGCUCAUUCGCCCGGAGGGGGCGGGGCCUCACGAGGGCCUCACUGUCCCAUUUCAGCUGCCUCCGGGGGGCUCCAACGAGGCACGCUUCGUAUUCUCCGUGCAGAGCAUCGCCGUGCCGCAGAAGCUGAAGGGAACCCUCACCUUCAUCGUCAAGUCUGAGGACAGUUCCACUCAUGAGAAGCUGGACUUCAAACUGCACUUCACCUGCUCGUCAUACCUGAUCACCACACCCUGCUACAGCGAUGAAUACGCGAAGCUGCUGGAGUCGGGGGAUCUGAAGGCAAGCUCCAUUAGGCUCCAGGGGGUCACCAUGCCCUUCCAUCACCUGCUGGCCAAAAUCUGCUUCCACCACCACUUCUCUGUCGUGGAGAGGAUUGAUUCCUGUGCCUCGCUCUACAGCAGGUCCAUUCAGGGCCACCACGUCUGUGUGCUGGUGAAGAGUACUGGUCAGACCGUGUCGAUUGACGCAAAGUGUGACGAAUCUUCUCUUCUGGGGAACGUGCUGGAUGAGAUUAAGAUGACCCUCUCUUAAUGCUGAUCAUGUCUUCAGCCCGCAGAGGAAAAGACACACACACCUAACUACUCUGAGACUGGUACUCCCCCCUCCCCCCUCCCCUCUUUCCUCUCCUCUUGUGUUGCUGCCCCGCUUCCUGUCAUUCGUUUGAUCUCUCCUACCUCAUGUCUGCUGCUUCACGGCAGGCCCCCCGCUCUCUGUUCUCCUUCUGUCUUUUGCCUUGUGUUAAUUCCUGUCCUAUCUCUUCUGCUGCCAUCAAAGCCCCCGUUCCGAUGUCCUCACUCCCGGAAACUGGAUGUUUUUUGUUUGUUUUUGUUGUUGCUUGUGUUGUUUGUCACUACC